GGGGCUGAACGUGAGCAGCAGCAGCACCCAAGCUGUUCAUUCACUGGAGUCACAAAAGUUACUUUUUGGGUGUUUUUGCUUGUCUUAUCGGGCCUAAACUGCGCACUUUUCACAGCCUCGAGGGAUGCGGGUUGGGGAUGGACCGGUUGCCAUGGAAACGGACUCUCAUCAUUCAGCAGCUGAGCGGAAAACAAAGUGACCUCAGGCUGCGGCUUAAACUGCUUCCAGCUGAGCGUCUGACUGACUUUUAAUGUUGCUGGAGGGGUUCUGUGUAUCUGUGUGGUGUUACAGUUGAAUCAGAGACAUGCCGAGGACCAAACCCUCCCACGGUGAGUUUCCAGACUCUGAUCCAGAGGACUCAUCAGAGGAGCUGACAGAGGAGGUGUGUGUGGAGUCAGACCUGCAGGAUGGACAGAUGAUGGAGGUUGAAGUGGGACGUCACACCGUGCUGUUGGCGCGCACCGACGGAAAAUACAGUGCCAUCGGUAACCAGUGUACACAUUAUGGAGCUCCACUGAGCAAAGGGGUUAUUACUGGCCACAGAGUGCGCUGUCCGUGGCACGGCUCCUGCUUUAACGUCCAAACUGGAGAUCUGGAGGAGUUUCCCGGCAUAGACUGUUUACCUUGUCACAAGGUCAAUAUACGAAACAGCAAAGUGUAUGUGUCUGUAAAUAAAAAGUCUCUCAGGCAGCAAAAGAGAAUAAAGAGUAUGGGAAAGGCAGAACCAGGAGUGACUCACACUGUUCUGCUGCUGGGAGGAGGAGCUGCGUCACUGAUCUGCGCUGAGAUUCUGCGGCAGGAAAACUUUGUUGGCAGAAUCAUCAUGGUGACCAGAGACGACCUGUUACCUUACGACAAAACCCGUCUGAGCAAGGUAAUGAAUGUGGAGAGUGAAACCAUCCUGCUGAGGAGGGCGGAGUUUUUCCAUCAGUACGACAUUGAGGUGUGGCUCAAGAAAGAAGCACUUUCUGUGGACACAGACAUGAAGACAGUCACAUUUAAUGAUGGUUCAGUGCAAAGCUAUGACCAUCUCCUCAUCUCUACAGGCUGCAGAGCAAAGGGUCUGGAUGUGCCGGGCAUCAAGUUGGACAACGUCAAGAUGUUGGAAACACCAGAGGACGCCCGACAAAUCCACGCCGCCUGCCAGGGCAGCAACAUUGUCCUUGUGGGAACCUCCUUUGUUGGUAUGGAGGUUGCAUCUUACAUGAUAGGUAAAGCCUCCAGUAUCACAGUAAUCGGCAGCAGUGAGCUUCCGUAUCAAAACACACUGGGCCGUGAAAUCGGAAGAGUCACCAUGACAAUGCUGUCAGAGAAGGAUGUGAAGUUCUACAUGAAUGACAGUGUGAUAGAGGUCAAAGGUGUGAAUGGAAAGGUGAAGGAGGUUGUGCUAAAAAGUGGAACAGUUAUCCCAGCUGAUGUUUUGAUUGUUGGUGUUGGCAGCAUCCCAAACUCAGAGUUCCUACAAGGCACCAAAAUACAGAUGAAUGCAAAAAACUUUGUUAUUGUUGACAAGUGCAUGCGGACCAACGUCCCCGAUGUGUUCAGUGGAGGAGAUGUGGUCACCUUCCCACUGGCGAUGGCCAAUAACCGGCUGGUGACCAUCGGACACUGGCAGAUGGCACAAGCACAUGGGAGAAUCGUAGCUCUGAACAUACUGAACAAACCAAGUGAACUCAACUCAGUUCCUUACUACUGGACCGUCCUACUGGGGAAAACCAUCCGAUAUACAGGCUAUGGGGAGGGAUACACUGAUAUUGUAAUCAAAGGAAGAUUUGAGGAGAGGAAGUUCCUGGCUUUGUACAUCAAGAAUGAUGAGGUGAUAGCAGCAGCUGGUCUAAACUACGAUCCAGUCGUGUCUGCAGUAGCUGAGAGGCUCGCAGCAGGAAAAGUCAUCACAAAGAAAGAGGCUCAAUCAGAUGACCAGAGCUGGCAGCAGUUGUCCUGAUCUACACUUUCCUCCACUUAGACAUCCUCUGUACAGAGUUCACGUGCAGCCAGAGAGUCCUUCCUCCAUCUCUGCACCGAAGACAAGGUCACCUGAAUUCAACCGUUUCAAUCAGAGGAGGUUGUGUUUACAGCUCGGCGCAGAAGUAUUGGAUUUAAACUGUACGUCAUGCAGUCGGUGUUCAUGUGAGGGGGAGUCCAUGUGUAAACAACAGAUACCUCAAAUGGAUGCAGCUUUUGAGACUUCUUUUUUAAUCUAAUACGUGUCAUUAUUUCAUUUUAACUUCAUGGACUUGUGUCUCCAGGUAACAGUCCAGAGACAUCACAUUUAAGAUGCCUCGCUGUGUUCUCUGCUGUUAAUAUUUCAAAGCUGCCUUUUACUUGGAUGGGGCUGCUGGAAAAAAAAAAACAAAACACAAGUGACCUUAAUAGCCGACUGCAGCCGUGUUCGUGGUCCGGCUGGUGAGUCGGAGGGGAGGAUUAGGAGAAUAGAGGGGGAGCGUUCAGCACUUUGAAACAGAGGUGCUGAAACAGGCAACAGUGACAAAACACAGGCAACAAUAGGCCUUCGGCAAACAGCAAACAAAAGGCACCGUGACAAAACCUUCACAAAAGAAAUGCUGCGUUUUUCUCUCUCCUCCCCCUCGGUCUCUCUGCUGGUGUAUCGCUGUCUUUACUUCACACCUGGGCUUUCAUUCUCCACAUGUCACAGCAUCCAGAGCUCUUCUAGGCCUGCAGCAGUUCUCAUAUCUGAGGUUUGAAGGUGCUGCUGGCUUUUUCUCUGUACUUUUUUUUUUUUUUUGCCACUUGUGACAACUAUGACUUUGAUAGCAAAAAUUCAACACUAUCUAAAUUAAAAUCAGCAUUAAAAAUUAAAUAAUUUCACACCCCUUUUUUUUAUAUGGAUCCGAGUUACUGAUAAAACAAAAAUCUGCUGCCUUCUGUUAUUUAAUAUUACAGUAUGGAUUGACAAAAAAACUGACAUUUGAAAAAUUUUGCAAUUAUAUCAUGUUAAUAAUUUGGUAAUAUCCUCAAUAAUUCAACAACAAUAUACAGCACGGUUAUAAUCCCCUCUCCAAUUCCCUACACUGCUAUUUUUCAGUUCAUUUUAUUUUCCAAAAAAGAGACAAAACACAAAAUAAACAACUUUAAAGAUGAAUUUGACUGGUAGCAUUAUUUUUUUCUAAUUUUCUACAGACAUUGCAAUAAUGAGACUACAAUAAACAUGUAGUAAAAAUGUAAUAUUAUGACAGCUCCAGUAUGGAUAUAUGCUUAUCUUGGUAUAAUACAUUUUUUCCAUAUCAAUUGUUAUUUUGAGAUGAAACUAUUCAUUUUUUGGAGAAUUGAAUAUCAGGCAAAUCAAUGUUAUUUAACACAUUAAAGCUAAAAAAAUUAAUUGCAUAAGAUCACAGACAAGUAAGGACAGACUUGGCACAAUGUUUAUCACGCGUUUGAGUUAGACUUUCAAAGUUAAUUGUAAAAAAAUCUCCUUGUUUCUGUUUAUUUUACUGGCAGAAGGCAACACUGACGGUCCUGCAUCCUCACAGCUUAAAACGCAUCUAUCAAAAACAGCUUUAAGCCUUCGUUUCCAUCCAUACACAUUCCUACAGAAAGUAAUUUGGCUCAUUAUGAAUUCUUGACGUACGAAAAUUAUACCUGUUCUCCUGAGGAACAAGUUGAAGAUUCACUUCAUGUAAGAAGAAGUUCAAAUGCUGAAUAUCUUGUUAGCGUUGUUCUCAUCGCAAGGAGAAACAACAGCGGUGAACUUGUCAUUUAAACUCAUUGUCAUGUUUGUUCAUGCAUUAAAAAGGAAAAUCUCAGGCUCAA